CUACUCAACUAUCACGGCUUUUAUGAUCCAGUCAGUUUGGAGUUCAUCGGUGUCGAGGGCAUCCAGUUGGUGUGUACUCUGACGCCGGGCACCGGUGCUUCCGGUUCCCCAGGGCGGCAUCCUCUCUGCGCUCGGUUCACUUCGUCUUUGCGACUGGCCGUUCUGGGCUAUCCGGACACGGAUCAGUUGGUCAGCAUCUACGCCUGUCUGCUGACCGGCGUUUUAACCGCCUCCUCGGUCACCCAAGAGUCGCCAGUCGAUCAACGGCUCCGCAAUCUGCCCAAGACGGACGUUCUUGUCCAUCAGAUGGCCACCAUCAUGGUACAUGUCUGGGCUGAGCUAAACCAGUCCGUCGGCCGAGCCGACGAUCCGGCCGGAAUUGGACCGGUGAGUCUGCGCAGCCUGACAGCCUGGGUGUCUGGCCUUCUGCGCUAUCCAAAAGACAAGACGGACGCUGUCUGGUCGGCUUUUGGCUACGAGGCGCGUCGGCUACUUCGCGACCCGUUGCCAGGGCCUGAAGCAAAGCAACGCUUUGACGCCUGUCUUACACGGUUGCUGGGCAACUUCUCGAUUGCCGCAAUGUCCGCCUCGUCGGGAGCACCGGUUCAGGGGAGCGAGACUGCGCUCCGACUCGCAGUUGGCGAGCCAUGGCAGACGGACGCCAGUCUCGUGAAGGUUGAAGAUGAGGAAGAGGAAGAGGGAGUGGAAGCGAAAGAGGAGGAGGGUCAAAAUGAACUGGCAGGGAUUGAAGAGAUGAGCAGGAGGGAGGGAGAAGCGGGCGACUUCUGGUUUCUGACUCGGGGUUUGCGGGAGGCGUCGGCCAGCGCUGCCAGCAGUCCGAUGCCUCUGCGAGGCCGCCAGUUGGCUCCAAUGGCCAGUCGGCGGUUUCGUCAGCUCGUCCAACGUGGUCUGGCUCAUCUGGCGCGUGAGUCGACUCCCCGAGCCGGUGGCAUCGUCGUGCAUGUCGAUUUGCUCGAUCUGGUCGCCUGCAUCGACAGGGCGUUGUCACGACCGGCCGGAUGUCUGUUGUUGAUUGGCCGAGCCGGAUUCGGACGACGCAUCUGCCUUCGACUGAUGGCUCAUUUGCAUCAGAUUGAGCUGGUCCGACUGCGAGUCGGCCGACAGUAUGGCCAGCGUCACUUUUUGACAGACCUUCGGGCGGCUUGUCAACCGGCCGGCUUGGAGUGUCGUGAGACGUUGCUAGUGCUGGAGGAGCAUCAACUGAAUGACGCCAGUAUUCUGGGCCUGUUGAACAGUCUUUUGGUGAGCGGUGAGGCGCCCGGACUGUUCACACCGGACGAAGUGGAGGUGAUGGCGGCCACCAGCAACGCCUCUGGCGUCAGUCUGAAGGAGGCGGCAGCAGAAGCCGGCUUUCGUGGCUCCUCGAUGAGCUUCUUCGCGAGUCGAGUGCGAGCUCAUCUGCAUGUGGCGCUGUUAUUGGAUGUGGACAAUCGGGCCCAGUUGGUCGCCUGUCUGCAGGCCAAUCCGGCCUUGACCAAGUGUUGCGAGGUUGUCUGGUUGGCAGAGUGGAGCAGGAACGUCAUGCUCCAGUUGCCACGCGACCUGGCCAGUCGGCAGCGCCGUGCCUCCGUCUCAUUGAGCCGCCGGACGCCUCGAGAUAAGUCAGGUCGACCAGGCAAAGGGAGACGAACAAGUGAAGAGGUCGGCCGAUGCGGCAUUUCUACAGACCUGCUGGCACAAGCCUGCCUGGCGGUGCACACCAGCUCAAUUACGGCUUCACCACACACACUCGGCGUGACCAGCGCCAGUCCGCGGCGUUAUGUGGCUCUGAUCGAGACGCAACUUCGUCUUGAGUCCAAACACCGAGAACAACUCUUGGGACAAGCCAACCGACUGAGAGCCGGUCUGGUCCGCAUUGACGAGACACGACAGCGUGUCGACCAGCUCAAGCGAGAGGCCUCGGAACAGGGCGUCCAACUGGCGGAGAAACAGUCGGCUGCCGACCGCGCCCUCGAGGAUAUCAGUUUGGCCAUGAGGGUGCAAUAG